AUGUUGAGACUAGGAUUGAACUUACCAAACCGUAUGGUUGGGUUGAACGCAAGUUCGAUGGUGAAAAGGGCCACGAAAGUGAGAUUUAAUAGCACUGGGUCGCUAAAUAAGAUGACAUGGCCUGAGUUUUUCCAGCUUCGUAAGAAGGAGCGUGUUUACAACACCGUUUCUUCGGUGCUCACUGCGAUUGUGUUUGUGAACGGGUCGUGGUUCUACUUUUCUACCUUGGAGAUUGAUCCUACGCAGACUAUUUUAGGGUUUGAUCCGCUAAUGACGAUCAGCGUGGGUAUGAUUGGUUUUGCUGGUGUCGGGUGGCUUUUGGGGCCUAUCUUUGGGUCUGCGCUGUUCAAGGUAACUUCUGGAAGCAAGCUUGCGCAGUACCAGCAGAAGCAGUUGGCUUUUUUGGCGAAGAUCCAGAAGAACAGGGUCAACCCACAGUCGCAGUCGUUCAGCAAUCCUGUGCCAGAUUACUACGGGGAGAAGAUCAACUCGAUACAGCAGUACAGACAAUGGCUAAGAGACUGUCAUUCGUACAAGAGAAAGGCCAGUGAGUUUUUGUGA